AUGCAGGGGCACUCCGAGAGCUCCCAGGCGCAGGAGGAGGCUGUCAAAGGCCAAGAAAGCGCAUGGAUGGCACAUGAGGGCGCUCCGGAAAGACUCUCAGGGGCCUCCUACCCCAGACACAGGCCUGUGUCAGAGUCCUCUUCUCCGUCAAUGGCUGGAGAUGUCUUGGCGGCGGAGGAGCUCAAGGAAGGGGCUUGUUUGAAAAGCUCUUACCUCGAAGGCGCUGGGGCAGGCGAGGCUUCCGCUACGGCCCGUCAUCCUCGCCUUCUGCUCCAGGAAAAAUCCCGCCAGAAGAAGCCCCCUGAAGGCAAAGCUGGGAGACACGGCAGCAUUCCGGUGGCUAGUUUGACUGCGACCAACUCGCCUUCGCGAGACAGGAUAAGCCAGGCUUCUCAAGUGGGCCCCAUACGUUCACAGCAGGUGCAACCGGUGUUGCUGACACCGGAAGGGGCACGCGCAUUCGCUCAGCUGGAAGAGGGCAGGCCCCAUGUGGACUGCCUCUCCCGAAGGUCGACUGGCGCCAUGCUUAGGAGUCUGGGGAGUUCAACGCGCCGGAGGCUUGGGGCACAGUUGAAGUUGGGCUGUUUUCGCUAUCUUCUUCUCUGCUUGUCGUCUGCUGUCUUAUUUUUCGUCUUCCUGCAGGAGCUGAUAUUCAACUUCACUUCGUUCAAUGGCCGUUGCAUUGGGCCCGUGUUGUACCCCCCAUGGACAGAUCCCAUCCACAGCCUCAAGCCAACUCUGAUCCCCUUUGGCUACGGCGCAUGCGAAGCAAACUUGGGCUACCGCAACACCGGCGUUCGCGCGCCUGCUGCCUCUGCAGUAUCGCCAGAAGGUUCUUCCGCCAGUAAUCCUGGUUCUGUGCCUAAGCCCCUUUUGCAACAAAGGCGCUGUGCCUGGGGUCGUUGUGCAGAAGACUCAGGCUGGCCGACUGAGCUCGUGCGGGGGGGCGACAGGGAAGCCACCAAGCCCUCGUCAGAUUCCCCCAAUGCUCGCAUACUGAGCCCGCUGGGAGCUCUCGACACGAAUCUCAUAAGGAACUACGGCGAGGUGUAUCGAAUCUUCUGGGCCUCGGCGCUCCACGGUGGUUGGGUUCACUUGCUAGUCAACAUUCUCUGCCAAGCCUCUGUUCUCUGUAUUCUAGAACCCGUAUGGGGUUUCUGGCGAUGUCUCGUAACGUGGAUCGUCAGCGCCAUGUCGGGGAACCUCUUGAGUGCCGUUUUCGAUCCUUGCUCAGUAACAGUGGGGUCUUCUGGAGCACUGUACGGGCUGUUGGGGGGCCUUGUGCCCUUCGCAAUCGAGAACUGGGAUUAUUUACGUUACCCUUGUUGUGUCCUUGCGGUUGUUGUCGCCGUUAUCGUGAUGGCGCAGCUGACAAACUUGGGGGGGUUCUCCGCUGUCGACAACUUCGCACAUCUAGGCGGAUGCCUCGGCGGUCUGCUCGUGGGAUUCGCCACGAUCUACUCCCUAAGGCCCCUAAGAAAGUUCUCGUUUCCCGUCUGGUGGGCUAAGGUGCGACUCACCUACUGUAGGUGCUGCCUCUCUGAGCAAACUAGACAGCGUCUUCGGGAACGUCUUCAAGUUGUAUCAUUGGUCUAUCUUUGGUUUUGUUUGUUAGACCCGAAUUACUAUGAGACUCUCACUACACCGGGCCGAAUUUCUCUCGUGGGGUCUAUGGGUUGUCACUGCUGUCGCAUUCCGUCUCUCUCUAAUUUGGGGCCCAACAGUGUUCUCUCCCGUAUCCCUGCUCACCACUCAAUUAGAGUGAGUCCGGGGCAGUUCUGGUGUUUCGUGAAGAAACUGCACGCAGACUUCCACUGUGGAAAACUCUUCCUUGACGGAUCCAUCGUCCUUCCACCACUGCCCACAUCCGGCACACCGGCGCAGCAAUACAUCCUGCCUUAG